ACUUAUACAGAGCGUUCAAUAAACCCGUUCGGCAGAUAGGCCAGAACAAAUUUAAAUCAUUUAGGGUUCAGUUCAGUGUAUUGUAUACAAUUUGACAACUUGUUUUGACAACUUAUUAAAACUGUCAAAACUCAAAACAUGUUAGAAGCAAGUGAUUUAGAAUAUAAAAAUUUUGAAAAAGAAACACAUAAAAUCGCCGGUAAAACACAAUUGAAAUUAUAUGGUAAUUUUUUGGAGAAACAUAAUGAAGAUCUUACAAAUUUGGAGUACAAUCUACAAAAGCAUGUCAAUUUAUCAGAUCCAAUGUAUAAUCUUAUUGAUAUACAAUUUGAAGCAUGGGAAGAUUUAUCGAUAUUACAAUUGGUACAGUCUGAUAACAAGAUCUUUAGUAAAGUGUUAGCAUCGUUAGCAUCUGUUUGCGAGGAAGCCAAAAUAUUAACCGAACAGGGCAAACAAAAAUUUUUUAACGAGCUAUUAUUUUAUGGCAAAGAUUCAGAUGGUGGUAAACUAAACUUAGAUAAUUUAAGUAAACUUUUGGAACUUUUACAAAAUUUAUGUGGAUCAAUAAAAUGUGCUAGGGAAUUAAUUACAUUAAUUAUUCAACAAUUAGUUGCAAUUACACAAAAAGAAUCUAAAAUACCAAUAAAAACGUCGAAUAUUUUUUAUAUGGAUGUAUGCGAAAGUUUAGCAGAUAUUUUGGUAUAUAUUGUAAUUAUAGAAAAUUUAUUAAAUAAUCCAGUGAUUAAGAAUAGUUGGGCCACUUACAAGCGAACGUCUAGGACGGCCCAACACAGCCAUAAAGUAUUCCAAUUACCGUUAGAUCAAUUACGCGCAUUCGAUAAACUUCUAUAUCAAAUUGAAUCAAUUCUUUUGACCGAUAAAAUUUUCCAGAAUACAAUUGAAGCAUGUUUAGAUGAUCGAUCGAAAUUAAUUGGAAAAAAUUCAAAUUUUGGGGAUGAAUUAAUGACAUAUUUAACAAAUGUACUGGCGGAUUUAGAAAGAAACGAUGAAUCUUUAGAUCGUACCCAAAAUUGGCUACGAAUAAAUACAUUAACAGUUUUCCAUUUUCAUAUGUUUGGCAAUGCGGAAAAGAAAUAUGUAAAACAUUUACUCGAAUUUAAUAAGAAGAUGUGUGCGGCGACACUCGUUGGUAAUUUGUUGUGGUAUCCAGAGCAAUUUCUAUCUCGUCAUAUUCCAAAUUUAUUACAAAUAUUUGAUGAGCGUUAUGUCCAAUCAACAGUCGUCCAACGGCAAGCUUAUUUGACAAAUAAAGCUCAGAAUAUUUUGAAAGAUACGCUUGCAUUGUGUCAUCAGACGUGUAAUUGGAUUCUGCAAUUGGAUAAAAUGGUCAAAGAUGGUAAAACAUCACAAAUGAAAUUAGCGGAUUGUCAACAACGAUGUACGUUGUUCAUGAAUGGUAUCACGUUAGCGCAUACAAUAACGCAUACGUUACGCUGGAUAACAAAUAUACAUGCAGCUGAAGGGAAACCAAUUAAUCGAACGGUUCUUAUGUGUAUUUUUCGGUUGAAUUCGUUGGUGAAAGGAAUUUUAUAUACUUUUAAAUUACAUUUUGAUAAAAUCAAUCAUUGCAUUUCAAUAAUUAUUCAAUAUUUACAAUAUCAAGUCUUGUCGAUUACAUUUAAUUUAAAGAAAAGCAUGACACAAGAUAAAUCAUACAAAGAUAAAAAUUUAGAUGUAAUUACUGCAUUACGUAUUGCAGAACAAUCGUUAAGUGCUCCACCAACAGAUCGUCGUUUGUUAAUUAUACGAUUAUCGUUAGCAGCUACAAUGACGAUUGCUGAUAAUGUUUACGGUCAAAUACGUAAUCGAUUGCAACAGAUAUACAUAUUGAUUAAUUGUAAUCGAAAAUUAAUUGAAUUCUGUGAUGUAUCUUUCAUCUAUUGGCAUCAAAUGUUACUUCGAGUUUAUUUUCAAACGAUUUUCGAUUCGAAAGUUGACAUGUCCAAAGUUUUAUAUACAUUUUAUGGAAUCAACGAUUGUCUAGAAACAUUAACACCUGAAGAUAGCUCAACAUUUAUCAAAUAUUUAGAAUCAAGUUUCGAUGAAAAAUUAAUGCUACCAUUAUGUCAAACAAUAGAAAUUAAUUUACGUUUACAAACGCAUGCACAUUUACAAGUUGAUGCACCAAAUCCGUUCGAAACGAAUAGUGCUCAUGUACGAUCGUUAUUAGAAAUGAAACCGAUUCGAAUUGCAGAUCAUUUUCUUUAUAUUAAAACGAACACGGAAAAUUAUUUAAGUACAACGUUUUAUAAUUUAGCCACAGUUGUUUUGCAUGAUUGGCACACGUACGGCGAAAUGCGACGUUUAGCAUAUUUCAAGCAUAAAUUAGAUACUGUUGAGGAUUAUUUACCAAAUCAAACUUUAGAACAGGGAUUGGACGGCUUAGAAAUAAUGCGAAAUAUUCAUGUAUUUGUGUCAAAAUAUUUAUAUAAUUUAAAUAAUCAAGUAUUUAUCGAGCAGUGUAGCAACAAUAAACAUCUGAACACGAUUAAUAUACGACAUUUAGCGAAUUCGAUACGAAUGCAUGGAAUCGGUAUCAUGAAUACGACUGUAAAUUUUACAUAUCAAUUUUUGCGAAAAAAAUUUUUAUUAUUCUCGCAAUUUAUGUACGAUGAACAUAUUAAAUCACGAUUAAUCAAAGACAUUCGAUAUUUUCGAGAAAAUAAGACUGAACUCGAUCAAAUGUAUCCAUUCGAUCGUGCUGAAAAAUUUAACAAAUCAAUACGAAAAUUGGGGGUGACAGCUAAUGGUGAAAGUUUUCUGGACUUGUUUCGUGUGUUAAUCAGUCAUAUUGGUAAUGCAAUGGGUUACAUUCGUAUGAUACGGUCUGGUGGUCGACAUUUCUGUGGAAAUGCCAUUGCAUUUUUACCAAAUUCCGACACAAAUUAUCAAUUUGAGUUAGAAAAUUGUUCAAAACGUACCGUAAAAAGUGCAGAACAAUUAUUAAAACAAAUUGAAACGUUAACAGAGCAUUUUGACGAGAAAACCGAAUAUUUUAAGUUACUUGUGGAAGUAUUUGCACCAGUUUUUCGUAAUCCAAAAAAUAUGCAUUUAAGAAAUUUUUAUGCAAUUGUACCUCCGCUAACAAUUAAUUUUGUUGAGCAUACACUCUUCUGCAAGGAAAGAUUAAAUAAAAAGAAUAAAGAGGGGGCAUCCUUUACUGAUGACGGUUUUGCUAUGGGUGUGGCAUAUAUUUUAAAAUUAUUGGAACAAGAUACUGAAAUGAAUUCGUUGCAUUGGUUUCAAUCGGUGCGCCAGAAAUACAUGCGCGAUAAACAACAAUUACUACAGCAGAAAACUGAUGUGAACAAAGACGAUCUGAAAUUGCAACAAACAUUACCUCUUACGGAAAAACGAAUCGUAAAAUAUCAACAAGAAUUCGACCUUCUAUACUACAAUUUAAGUAGUGCAAGAAUAUUUUUCCAGUGAUUAUAAAUUAUUAGUUAUUUUGUACAAUUAAAAAGUUGUUACCGAUACCAGUGAAAAAACAAAAUGAAAAACAACAAAUGCCUAAAAAAGUAUUAAAUUGAAA